AUGAUUUUCGACGUCCAUCCAAGCAUUCGCUCUCCGAUACAAUGCAAUAAAAGUCUACGUUAUGGGCAUACCCAAAAAUUCUGUUGCAGUGAUCCUCGAUGCAGCCAUUGCGGCGGUUCCAAACAUUCUAUCACUGAUUGCUCAUCCAUUCUUACCACAGACCCGACCUGUAUCUUCUGCAAACUUCCACAUGUUGCUACAAACCGUAGCUGUCAGGAAUGGUCAGCUCAAAACGUUAUAAAAAAAAUCAUGGCUACUGAAAAUUUAUCUUAUAAAGAUGCUUUAGAAUUUAAGAAAAAUAAAUGUUAUACCUCUGCUAUUAAAUACACUAAUGUAGUAAAUAGUCAUCUUCCAAACCCCAAUAUUUUGAAACCAAAUAUGCCCCGUUACGAGGACAAUUUUCCUAACUUAAAUGAAAGCCAUCAUUUUUUUAAUUCUAGAAAACCCAAACAGAAACCUUAUACUACGUCGAAUAAAAAUAAAAAUAUCUCACCCGCUGAACCUUUCUUUUCUUACCCUAAUGGAAGUUAUUUAGAUAAUAUAUCUAAUCAACGUAAUUCUAUGGAAAAUAGCUCUAACGAUUUUUCUUGGGUACAUGCUUUAUCCUUAAAACUUUCCGAAAUUUUGAUUAACUCUCCUUCUCUAUCCUCACAUUUCUCCUCUUCUGCUCUUUAG